UCGGCAUGCUCAGUACAUGAAUGAUACGAACCAGACGAAUUACCUUUAAUUAAAAAUACUCGUGGUUGGUUGGAGGUACUAAAAACACUUAUUGUUUAUAGUAUUGUCUUCCCUCGACUCCGAGUCAUUGGUCUGUCAACCCACGGUCUGACGAUGUUUGCUAAAAGCAGAAACUUGGUGUUAUUCGUAAUGCUAAUGACAGCUGAAACAUGCUUUGCACGUCACAUGUUAACCAGUAGUAGAGUUAGACCCCCGGACAAGAACAAGAUCUGCCAGGAUGAACUUGGUGCCGACUAUGUAUGGGAAGAGAAUGUCCGGACAUGUGUGAGGUGUACAUCUUGUACACCAGAAGCGCAGGACCCACACUGUGUCACAUGUCGUGAACUUGGAGUAAUCCCAACUGUCCAAUCCUCCUUAAGUGGAAUUACUGCCCCGCAGCCUGACGUACAGAGCUCCACAAAACUCCAACCAUCAUCCGCAAUGACGUACUCGUCUGCCACUGGGAUGGACUCUACCAGCCAGGCCACUGGGAUGGGCUCUACCAGCCAGACAAAUGAUGACAACAAAGGGAGUGAAGCGAGGGGUGGACCAUAUUGGAUAAUACCGAUAUGUUUGAUAGUAGCAGUUAUAGUGGUCAUCCUCAUCGGUUGUGGGUUGUGGAUGUUCAAGUAUAAAAAAAAGGCAACGUUAACUCCAAUGUCACAACAAGAGACUGGACUCCCAUCUGAGUUUCAUCCCAUGGUAGGCUUACCAACUGAUGAUACGGGGAACCACACAGCUGAAGACGUGUAGAGUCGGUACGAAAUAGUGGUAGGGGGUACUGAAAUUAAAACAUUCCUGUAGGUUUCAUCUUGUAUAGAAGGGCCUUGUGCUGGUGAGGUCAUGCUACUUAAUCAUUAGAAAGCCAUUGAGGUACAUUUUGCAUCUUGCUAUGAUAAGUAUAUCCAAGUAAACUUUGUAGACAAAUGUACUAUUUUAGCUUGUAAAUAUUUCUUGGCUCAAAAACAAAUUAAGAUUGCAGAAAUGAAACGUUGAAUAAAAGCUGCUUUUUAGUUGUACUUAGGUUUUUCUGAACUUUCCAUGACAAAGUAGUUGGAGGACACAAAUGCUUAGGAAUUGUCUACAUGUGGUCACAAUUCUUGCAAUUUAUGCAGUGAGUUUUUUAUUGAUUAUUUUAAAUGUCACCUCACACAGAACAAGAAAAGAGAAAGGAAAAGAAUUUUUAUCCAGACUUUAGUAUUGGUUUCAAUGGGUAGGCACCCACAACAAAUUCAGCAACAUUCCAAGGCCGAACUAAAUCCUGCAAAUUAAACGGAAGUUAUUUGUUUAACUAAUGAGGUUUUGGUAUUUACAAAGGAUGUCAACUUUUACCACAUAGAAUAUAUGAAUACUUACUUCUCCAGGCAAACUCUCGAACCUCACUAAUUGUCAGAGAAAACGCAAUAGCUUUUAUAAAAAGUGGUGAAAAUCUUAGUUUUUCACUUUCGCAUAUCACACUGUUUUAAGUGUACCAAUAUUCUUUCACAGGUAAUUUGGAGUAUCGCAUAAUUCCAUCCCAUGGCUAUAUUCAGCGUAUAACUGGUUGAGAUUGUUUUGAUAAUGAUGAAGGACAUUGAAUGGUCCUUCAGUAAAUUCCAAGGUUGAAAGAUGAACUUUAAAAGAGAUUUUGCUAAAAUUUUUGUAUCGUAGCCAUGGGAUGGAAAUGUGUGGUACAUUUUUUGUAAUUAAUCAUGGAGCAUAUUUGCUCCCUUAGUAAUUUAAUACGUAAUUAAAUUUUGGUUUUUAGAUGCACCAUUUUCAUAAUCGGUCAUCAAUUCCACUUUUCAAAAUGUUCUCUUGCGCUGGAGAAACAAACUUGUAAGCCUGCUAAAUGUGAGCAAGAAACAGGUGGUGCAUGAACAGAAAUUAUUGCUCAACACAAAUCUGUGCCAGAGAUUUCAGAAAACAAAACAUGAAUAAUUUUUUUAUUCAUGCACCAUGUUGUGUGAAAGAAUAUCUUUCCUUCAUACGGCUCACUUUUUAUGAUUGAGUUUGUUUUUAGUUUUUAGACUGUAAGACUAGAAACUUUUCAAGUUGAUACGGUAAGGUUUGCAGAAACACCUUGUACAUGAGUAGGAUUUGAAACCUUACAUGGUGGAGACCAAUGUAGUAAGGUUUACAGUAACACCAUGUACAUGAGUAGGACUUGAAACUUUGCAUGGUGGAGAUACAAUCUAGUAAGUUUUGCGGGAACACCGUGUGAGUAAAACAUUGACAUGGGGCAUGGAGGCAAAUCCGUUACCUCUGCGAACCAACGGUUUUGCUAAACCUUACACAGUACAUUCAAAGGGGCACAAAGGCAAUGGAAAACACUCUUGAAUGGGCAAGAAAGUGUUACCUUUGUAAAUGGCACUUUAAUGAGAAGGUAACACAUUCCCACAUGGACAUUCCAAAGGGCACCGAGGCAAAGAUUAACCAGGAGCAUUGGGGCAUUUGUCUCUAUGAAGAAUAUAAAAUCGACCUCAAAUAACAUCAAUAACAAAAUAAAGAAAAAAACCUGCCAUUUUGAAAACUUAUUUGUGUUUUUUGUGAUAGAUUUACCAUCAAUGAUCGCAAUGUAACAAAUCUUCUGCACAUAAAAAAGCAUCUAGAUGUGAUAUUCAAAAUGUGCCUUAAAAAUCCUCAAAAGUCUAUUUUUUCUAUCUGUGCUUAAUAGUACUAUACUAUUAUAUUAUAGAAAAUAAAAUUGGUAAGUUAGAUUGUAGAUAACUUUGCUGUGUAUAUGUAGUUAUUAACUUAAGCUAUCAUAUUAGAUGAAAUACUGUAGUUCACAUUUCUGUGUGGUAGUUAAUAAAACGGUGCUUUUAGCAAAUGCCAUUUAAAGCUUUUGUGCAGUGAUUAUUUUCAAUCGAAAUAACUAGAGCUGCAAGAUAGGUAACUGGAGCUCUAGCGAUUGUUAGAACCUGAAAUGAGGCAUGGGCGCCAUUCUGGUAAGCACAUGUUUCGUUAUGAUAGAAAUGCUCACUGUCUGCACUGAUCCAGGCUCUAGUGAACUUAAGGGGCACAGCAAUUUUUCUCUGGUAAGGGGCACUCGCAAAAAAUAUAAAUUUGUAUUCGAACAGCACAAGGCACCACUGCAAAUGGCGUGGUUUAUUUCGAGGCCUGCUGUAUAUUGUUGCAUUAGGAGACUUGCUUACUGAAAUGGCGUCAAAUGCAUACUUCAAAUGUCAGCUGAAAAAAUAUGUGAGAAUUAAUUAGUACGAAACUAAAGGACAAAAUAAUGCCUUGCUCAAAAUUGGACACUUUGAGUUCUCUUUUAACAGCUGCUUACAUUUAUUGUUACACAUCUUUUUUUCAGAAAUACAUGCAUUUAACCAUUUAAUCAUUUUUAAUUUCAAUGACUGUGUAUUAAGCACAGUGUAAUGGCAAUGUUAAACCAACAUGUUGGCAACACAAUGUUGUGUAAAAUUGUUGCAUUGUUUUUGUUGUUGUUAUGUUUUGUCAAGUAUGAAAUUACUGUCUUAUCUAUAAAUGGUACAUCAAGAAGUAAUUUUUAAUACAAAUAUGACAAUUGUUUUUGAACACAAAAGCCCAUAAUAUAAGAAAAUGUGGGCUAGCUGUACUACCUAAGGCUAUGUCCAGAUGAAGCAACUAAGAGCUGAGCUCAAGUUCAUAAAGCUGUGAAGCAGAAACGGUUGCUUAACAAAUUUCUUUGCUAAG